ACAGAGGAGCUGCAUAGAAGGGAGCGUUAGCCCGGCUAGCCACGGAAAACAACAACCACGUAGCGACAGCGGUGGGAACACGUUUGUGAUUCCAGUGUAAACAACAAUGGGGGAAAUCCCGCAUCAACAUACCAGGAGCAUUCAGUCAAGCCUGCCGAAAAUCCCCGGUUUAAUACUGUCGAUGUUGGUUGGCUACAGCAGCAGCUCGGAGGAGGACAGUGAGGCUGGUGAAGUCACAGCGACGACUUGUCAAAGCGAAAGCUGUUCUCAAAAGUUGCAGGAGGAAGAUGACGAUAAGGAGCAUUUCCCAGCAAAAAAGAAACCAAGAAUUGAGAAACUGGUUCCCCAAAAAAGACUGCCUCUUCCUGGCUGCCUCCUGGCCAUGUUUCCUGAUGAAGAGGAUCCACACACUGAAAACAGCUCCCUUCAUGGUGGACGCAUCCGUUCCUUUAAGCAUGAGAGAGGAAACUGGGCCACUUAUAUUUAUUUGCCAUACCAUCCAGAAGAGGGGUUUGAGGAACUGUUGGAGGAGCUGCUCUCAAUGGCAGGGGCUAAAGGUGUGGUUUUGACCCCGCAGGAGGAGUUCCACCUCAGCCUGUCUCAGACAGUGGUGCUCAGACACCACUGGAUCCAGCCGUUCACACAGAACCUCAGAGCAAGCCUAGCUAACUGUAAAAGGUUUUGGUGCUCAGCAGGGAGGCUGAAAGUCUACAGUAAUGCUGAGAGGACGAGGACUUUCCUGGGGAUGGAAGUGUCUACUGGGCAUGCUCAGCUGUUGGACCUGGUCCGAGUUGUUGACAAAACCAUGACAGAGUUUCAGCUGGACACUUUCUAUAAGGAUCCAUCUUUCCAUGUGAGUUUGGCCUGGUGUGUUGGAGACCUGACCGAGAAGAUGAAGGAGUUUUUACAGGAGCUGCAGAGUGUGAUAGAUGAGCAUGAAGAAGGACCGUUUCUGUUAAGGCUGGACUGUGCAGAGCUGUGCUGCAGAACGGGCAACAAGAGUUUCCGCUUCCCCCUGGAGCUGUGAAAGUUGAUAGAACUGAAACGGUUUCAGUUCGCCGUUUCACGUCUGCACGCCAUGUGGCACAGCUACCAGAUAACACACCAACCCAACAGGCUGGCAACAUCACACGGUCUUCUGAGAUCCUCUUAAACAGCCAGAUGAUGAUGAUGAUCAAGUGCUUCAAAUUGUUUCUGUAUUGUUUGAAAACUGUAUGUAAAUAAAGAUGGUGUUUGUUUCUACU